CCCGCUCCGAUCCACGAAUCCCCCCGACCGCGACCUCCAAUCCAGAUCCACCCCCGCCCUCGCGCAUGGCGCACCCGGCAGCGGACCGCCGCCUGCGCUCCUCCCCCUCGUCGCGCUGCGACCACGAGCACCACGGCCGCUUCCUCCGCCCCGGCGCGCUCGCCAGGCUCCGCGACUCCAAGAUCGUCGCGCGCUCCCUCCGCUCCGCGGCCUCCGCGCGCCUCCUCCCGCCCUCCUCCCCCUCGCCCGCUCCCCCGUCGCCCGCGCCGGCGGCGGGCGCCGUACCCCACUUCUUCUUCGGUGGGGCGCGGGGCGGCAUGCGGUACCCGCUCCGGAAGAAGCUCGCCGCCGCCCGCGGCGUCGUUUUCCUGCCCCCGCCUCCAAUGUCCCCGGGCGCCCUGGAGGCCUUCCUCGGCGCGUUCGCCGCCGCGCCGUCCGAGCUCCUCGCCGCCCACUGAUACGUCGGUCGAUUCUUCUGCGGGUUGCGUUCGCGGCGGCGCAGUCGGAGCUGGAUACUGCGUACAGAAGACCAACUGCUGUGCCGCUCAGCUGCUGUCCAAGGCUUCGUUAGAUCUGUGUAGAUGCUUCUCUUUCUUUUUAGGAACUGCAGCCUUCCUUUUCAGAUGUAGGAAGUGCAACCUUUGGGGGUAGAAAAUAUCUGCGUAAUCUUUUAUGUAAAAAAAAGAAUCUUCUGUAA